UUCCCGCCACUUGUUUCUUCGCUAACUGAAGCAAUCGAAUUGAGACUUCCCUCGGACCUUCGUUCUGGCCUUGCUUGUGUCGUUCCUUCCUGUCUUACUUCGCGGACAGCUAUGUCGCUCCGAGUUCGACGUUUGGGUUUGUACUCUCCAAUCCAACUGGCGUGGCAUUUUUUUCCCAUUCCUCUUACCCGUACUUUCCCCCCAGCCUUCGACUUGAACCCUCCAACUCUCUGUAUAAGGCCAAGAUGGGAACCUCGUCUCAAAGGCAGUCGAUACUAGGAGGACUAGGAAACCACGUCUACCUAAAAAAGCAAAACAGUCUGCGCAUGCUUGGCAUUCCCGUCGGCGUGCAGAUCAUCGUCGUUGGCGAGCAAUCUUCCGGCAAGAGCUCCCUACUCGAGCGCCUGACUGGCUGUUCUUUCUUGCGAGGUCAAGGAAUCGGCACCCAAUACAUAACGAGCGUCAAUUCCCAACAUCAGGCGAGUUGUGAAGUUGUCAUCUCCAUCAUUCCAGGAUCACAAAGAAGUCCGGCUGAGAAGCUCACGGGGAUCCGCUUCGACAAAACCCCAUCGGAGAGCAAUCUGCCUAUGUUGAGCAGUGACACCUUGAAGGUCCCUUUUAAGGGACCCGAGCUCACUUUCAAUGACAUUCCUGGCCACGUUAAGGAGGAGAACAAGUUGGUAUUUGAGAACCUCUGCAAAAUCUUGAAAAAUGAGAAUGUCAUAAUCCUCGUCGUCAUGUCUUGUCUUGCUAUCGGGAGCACGGACAACAUCCUGAAGGUUGUCAGGGAUGCUGACCCCGAAGGCACUAGGACAAUCGGCGUACUGACUAAAGCCGAUCUUGUCCACGAUAAGGACGUCUUCCGGACGCUUCAUGAGCUCGUGAGCGGCAGCUCCUUGCCGCUGGGCUAUUUCGUUGUACGCAACCGUUGCACCGGCGAAGAUAGUCUCAGCCUGGAUCAGUGCAAAAAUAAGGAGAGACAGCUCUUCCAGAAGCCUGAGUGGGCAGCAAUCGCAGCGUUGCGGCGCACGGGCGUAGAUACGUUGCGAAAUGAACUCCGGCGCCUGGUCGCCAACCUUGAUAGGCAGGAGCUGCUGAGACAGAGCAUCAAAUUGACGGGGCAGCUGGAGGACAGCCGCAAGGCCUUGGAGGAGAUGGGCCCUCCCCGUAACCUUCCAGCCAGCCAGCGGGAGUACCUCACCCUUCUGGCGUGCCGUUUUGAGGAGAUCACCCGCAAUGCGCUCCAAGGACGCUAUGCCAACGCUGUCUUCAGUCAGGAGCCCGGUCUAAAGCUAAUUGAUCAGGUUGUCACCCUAAAUCACGGCUUCUCGAGUUUGAUGGCGGAGAAAGGGCAUACGGCAAGGUUCCAGACCGACCUUUUCCAGGUCUCGGUGAGCAAGGCCGUUGAGGAGUACGAGACUGCGCUGGCCAAUCUUUACAACGUUGUUUCGGAGUAUCCAGAGCUUAGGGGCAUUCUUCCGACGAGCAAGCUCAAAUGCGCUGGCCCGUCUGGCCAAUCGAUCGCGGAGCACAUGACCACGGUAUACAAGGAGAAGAGAAGCCCGGAGCUCGGGACUUUAGGCGAAAACCUUCUUGGCGCGCUGUUCAGAGAACAAGCGAAGAAGUGGGGUUCCAUUGUCGAUGGGCAUAUGGGAGCUAUGAUUGUCACAGUCCAUGGCUUCGUGAGGAAACUCGUCGAAGUCGUUGCUGGAGAUCCGCGAAUCCGCAAAGAAAUUUGGGGAACCAUCCUCUUAGACAAGCUCCUGGAGCAAUAUAGACGGGCCAUUCGUCACGCCGAUUUUCUCAUCGACGUCGAGUUGAACAGUCUGCCUAUGGCUGUCGAGCCUUUCCAUGAGACCUAUUUCGGCGGAGCACGCGCGAUGCGGCUGGCCGAAGGAACUCAGGAUGCAUCAGCGACAGCUGACCAGCAAGUUAUCAAGCCGGGAGCGGUUUACCCGGUGACAGGUAAAACAGAUGCCGAACAGGUUGCGGAGGACAUGGAUGACGUUCUGAGGAGCUACUACAUAGUCUCGCUCAAGCGGCUAGUAGACGCCGUUUGCAGGCAGGCGAUCAACCAUUUCCUGCUUAGGGGUCCCGAAAGUCCGCUGCAAAUCAUCCGACCAGCCACAAUCGCCCGGUUGAGCGACGACCAGUUGAACCAGAUUGCGGGCGAAGACAAUCCGACCAAGGGAAGGCGGGAGCAUCUGAAGUCCGAAAUCUUCAAAUUCGGAUAUGCCGUGAAGGAGCUCAGGGAUUGGAUGGGAGAGGAGGAGGUGUGA